CCGAUGGCCCAACCCCCACACCACGACACACCACGACACCGCCCAACACCCAUACCCCCACCUUAUCCUCCUCCUCCACCGCCGCCGCCGCCUCCAUCUAUUGCGCCCAACAACUCCCCAUCCGCCGCCCAUCCCCAGAUCUAGAUCUGAACCUCCCGUGACUGCCGGAUGAUGGCCGCCGGGGCGCACGAGGACUCCGACGAGCCGCCGCGGCGGUCGGCGCUGAAGAAGAGCGCGCCGGCGCAGCCGUGGUCGGACCCGGAGACCCUGCACCUCAUCGACGCCUACGACGAGCGCUGGACGGCUCUGGGCCGCGGCCAGCUCAAGGCGCAGCAGUGGGAGGAGGUGGCGGCGGACACCGCCGCGCGCUGCGCCGCCACGCCGGGCCUCGCCGUCCAGCGCAAGACGGGGACCCAGUGCCGCCACAAGCUCGAGAAGCUCCGCAAGCGCUACCGCACCGAGGCCGCCCGCCCCGUCACCUCGCUCUGGACCUUCUUCCGCCGCAUGGAUCAGCUCGAGCGCGGCCCCAACGCCGCCUCCUCCGCCUAUCCGGCCGCGGGUGGCUCCCCGCCUGCCGCCGCCUCCGACGAGGAAGAAGAGGAGGAAGAAGACGAAGAGGAAAACCAGGAGGAUGAGGAGGAGGAGGAAGAAGAGCUCAUCCCCCGGAACAACACCAGGAGCAUCAACGGCAUCAUCCGGGAAUUCGGCAGCGGCCUCGCCCCGCGCCACCCGCAGCUGCAGCUCCAGCAGCAGCAGCAGCCGCCGCCGCCGCCUUCAAUCACGCCGUCCACCGCACCUCCACGGAAGAGAGUGGCCUACGAGGCGUUCCAGGCUAAGGCCGCAGCCGCCGCCGCGGCUGCGGUUGCGGCUGACAAGGCCAAGGAAGAGGAGGUGGAGCUGGUCCGCCGCCGCCCCUCCGGGCCUGGGGGAGCCAGCGCCCAGCUCUCGGCGGUGCUGAGGGACUUCAGCGAUGGGGUCAUGCGGCUGGAGCGGCGGCGCAUGGAGAUGCAGUGGGAGAUCGAGCGCGGGUGGCAGGAGACGGAGGCCCGCCACGCCCAGAUGCUCCAGGACGCGCAGCGCCAGCUCCGCGACGCCAUCGCCGCCGCCUGCUCCCUGCCGCCGAAGAAGGCCAGGAGGGACUACGGCAGCAGCGGAGACUCCUAGCAACUGAUGGCCUUAUGAUCUGAUGGUGAUGGUAGGGAUCCCAGCUGUUCCUCCCCUUGUUCAGGAUUGUAGUCGUAGUUCGUAUAUGGUAGUACUGAUUUGCAGUAGCAUUUUUAACUAUCUCUGUUAUGCGCGUCCGUUAUGGUGAAUGACGAUGCUUUUGGACGAUAAAGGCUAGUGCAGUUGCUGAUUUCUAUCUAGUACAUGCAGCUGUAGCUGUGAUUGUGUGUUGCGAUUUGUCUGUGCUUUGCUUCUGUUCUGUGGGAGGUGACAAAGCUGCACAGGUGUUCGACA